AUGGAGGUUUCGCUGGAUAACAGCAGGUCAUCUUGCCCGGCAGAUAUGUCCUCUACUGCUUUUAUUGAGCCACUGCCUGUCAUCGAUUUUGUGGCUCAGCUUCUGAAUAGGGAAGUUUCUCUUAGACCAUUGUCUGAUGCUGAUCGUGUGAAGAAAAAGAAAGAGAGUUAUGGUAAUGGUGGAACAGUGAACAGUUGGAUCUGCAUAAACUUUUCAAGGAAUGUGCAAGACAGUGUGGCUCGUAGUUUUUGUUCUGAGCUUGCACAAAUGUGUGUAAUUUCAGGAAUGGUAUUUCAUCGCGAACCUGUGCUUCCACCAAUCAGUGCCCGCCCUGAUCAGGUAGAAAGGGUCUUGAAAGCUCGGUUCCAUGAUGCUAUGACCAAACUGCAUCCUCAGGGCAAGGAGCUGGACCUGCUUAUUGUCAUUUUGCCUGAUAAUAAUGGUACUCUAUAUGGUGACGUGAAGCGGAUUUGUGAGACAGAUCUUGGCAUUGUUUCCCAGUGCUGUUUAACAAAGCAUGUAUUUAGGAUGAAUAAACAAUAUCUUGCAAAUGUGGCCUUGAAGAUUAACGUGAAAGUUGGGGGAAGGAAUACAGUACUUGUUGAUGCACUCUCAAGGCGCAUACCUCUAGUUAGUGAUGUACCAUCAUUUUUGGGGCUGAUGUUACCCAUCAUUUCAAUGAAGCUAGUUGUGGGGAGAAGGGAAUCAGUCCUAGAGCUGGAAAAGCUCUACACUACAAAGGAUCCUUUUUCCAUCGCGUUGUCAAAGGAUCGGUGGCUCAGGACACAGGGCUGA